CCAUACCAUCUGGUAAACCAACUCAUCCCUUUGCAUACUCACAUCCCAUACCCGCAUCAUUCAUCAUGUCAGGAGUCGAGGGCGUUCGCAUUACUGGUCGCAUUGAGGCCGCUCACGAGAAGAUCCUCACAGCCGAUGCUGUGCAGUUCCUCGCUACUCUCCACCGCAACUUCGAUGCUACUCGUCAGCAAAAUCUGCGAAACAGGCAGCUGAGGCAGACUCGCUUCGACGGAGGUGCUCUGCCCGACUUUCUGCCCGAGACUGCUCACAUCCGAGAGAACAAGACAUGGAAGUGCGCUCCUCCUGCACCCGGUCUCCGUGACCGAAGGGUGGAGAUUACUGGACCAGUCGACAAGAAGAUGGUUAUCAAUGCUCUCAACUCGGGUGCUUACACAUACAUGGCCGACUUCGAGGACUCCAACUCGCCCACCUGGGCUAACAACCUCGACGGACAGGUCAACAUGAACCUCGCCAUCACCCGCAAGAUCGACUUCACACAGCAGUCCAACGGCAAGAGCUACAAGCUCAAGCCCGAGGGUCAGACUGCCACACUCAUUGUCCGACCACGAGGCUGGCAUCUCAACGAGGAGCACUUCUUCGUCGACGGCAAGCCCAUGUCGGCCAGUCUGUUCGACUUUGGUCUCUACUUUUUCAACAAUGCCCAGGAGCUGGUGAACCGUGGCUUUGGUCCUUACUUCUACCUGCCCAAGAUGGAGUCUCACAUCGAGGCUCGUCUGUGGAACGACGUCUUCAACUUCUCUCAGGACUACAUCAAGAUGCCUCGCGGAACCAUCCGAGGUACCGUUCUGAUCGAAACUAUCACUGCUGUCUUUGAGAUGGACGAGAUCCUGUACGAGCUGCGAGACCACUCUUCGGGUCUCAACUGUGGUCGAUGGGACUAUAUCUUCUCCUUCAUCAAGCGUCAGCGAUACAACAAGAACGCCGUCCUGCCCGACCGUAGCGAUGUGACCAUGACUGUGCCCUUCAUGAACUCGUACGUCGACCUGCUCAUCAAGACGUGCCACAACCGACACGUCGCCGCCAUUGGUGGUAUGGCUGCUCAGAUCCCAAUUAAGGGCGACGAAAAGGCCAACGCAGCAGCCAUGGACAAGGUGCGCAACGACAAGCUGCGCGAGGUUCAGAAGGGUCACGAUGGUACCUGGGUCGCCCACCCUGCCCUGGUCACCAUUGCUCUGGAGAUCUUCAAUGCCAACAUGAAGGGACCCAACCAGUACUUCAAGCGCCGCGACGAGGUCAACGUCACCGCUCUUGACCUCCUCAACGCCAACGUCCCCGGUAAGAUCACCGAGGGUGGUGCUCGCGCCAACGUCUCGGCUCUGCUGGGCUACUGUGCCAACUGGAUGGGUGGAGUGGGUUGUGUGCCCAUCAACUUCUCCAUGGAGGACGCAGCCACUGCCGAGAUUUCCCGCCUGAUGCUCUGGCAAUGGUGCUACCACGGCGCCUCUACCUCUGACGGCAAGAAGAUUACUCCUCAAUUUGUAGACCAGCUCUUGGAUGAAGAGGCAAAGAAGCUCGAUAAGCUCGAUGCAAAGAGGGUGGACACGGCAAAGAGGUACCUCUCGGAACAGGUGCGCGCAAAGGCACCCUCGGAGUUCCUUACCACCGACCUCACGCCCUUCCUCGACGACAACGCCGCCCCUGCUCGUCUGUAGACGUGUGAGGUGUGGUAUGACUGUUGUGUAGGUAGAGGGAGUGGGAAUUUGUGCCUAUAGUGGAUCCGGUUGAUAGCUGCCUGUUCCCGUUAACGAUUUCUGUCUGCUUCGCCCUGCUGUUCCACACUUGUACUGGACUGUUUAAAAAUAGGAAGCUCGAAACCGAAAUCUAGUCGCCUGAAGGGAGCU